GCAUGAUUUCAAAUCAUAGAGUACCAAAAAAAAAAAAAAGGUCAAUAUACCAGCGUUGACUACUAAUUAUUGAAUAGACAUCACUUGCGACCACCGACAGCCGGCCGCCGCCACCGACCGCCGACCACUUGUAAAAAGUUACAGUCAAGCUCCGAAAUUGCUAAAUCAUUUCAGCUUAUAGGGAAAUUAAUUAAGCCUUUUUCCCCCAGUUGAAUUUCCUCACUGGAUCUCGAUUUUCCACGAUUAAUUUAAUCAUUUUCGUCGAGGAACCGAAACGCCGUCGUACAGGAGUGGCAGUACCAGUUUCUCUGCAUAUUUCUCUCUCUCUCUCUCUCUCUAUCUGAUCCAAAAGAGCGGCGGAACAAUGAAUCGAGCUAGAGUAACAAUGGAGGUGAUCGACGGCGUUGCGAUCGUCACCAUUUCUAAUCCUCCCGUUAACGCUCUCGCCCUUACCAUUUUUGAUGGAUUGAAGGAGAAAUUUAGUGAGGCCAUGAGAAGAGAUGAUGUUAAAGCUAUUGUUCUUGCCGGCAAUGCCGGUAGGUUCUCGGGCGGCUUUGACAUAAAUGUGUUCGAGACGGUACAUAAAACAGGAGAUAUUUCUGUCUUACCAGAUACAUCGAUUGAUGUAUUGGUCAACGUAAUUGAAGAUGGGAAGAAGCCUACUGUUGCUGCCUUAGAGGGACUUGCACUUGGAGGCGGCUUAGAACUAGCUUUGGGGUGCCAUGCACGUAUUGCUGCACCAAAAACACAACUCGGGCUACCAGAACUCACACUUGGAGUUAUUCCUGGCUCGGGAGGUACACAACGUCUCCCGAGGCUUAUAGGGCUGCCUAAAGCUCUUGAAAUUAUUCUGUUCUCUAGAUCGGUAACAUCAGAAGAAGGAAAGAAGCUCGGCCUUGUUGAUGCUGUUGUACCUUCAGGAGAAUUGCUGAAAGUAUCCAGACAAUGGGCAUUAGAUAUUGCAGAUAGGCGAAAACCAUGGAUACGUUCUCUUCAUAGUAUCGACAAACUUGGUUCCCUGCCAGAAAUGCAUGCUAUAAUAAAAUCGGCAAGACAGCAGGUCAAACAGGUUGCUAAAAAUAUGCCUCAGCACCAGGCAUGUCUUGAUGUGAUUGAAGAAGGAAUCAUUCAUGGUGGAUAUCAUGGUCUUUUGAAGGAGUCAAAGGUAUUCAGAGAGCUAGUCGCUACGGACGCAUCGAAAGGCCUAGUGCAUGCAUUUUUUGCUCAAAGGGCAACAACGAAGGUACCCAAUAUUUCUGAUAUUGGGCUCAAGCCAAGACCAAUAAAGAAAGUCGCUGUUAUUGGUGGUGGACUUAUGGGUUCGGGCAUAGCUACGGCUCUAAUCUUGAGUGAUAUUUAUGUUAUUCUCAAAGAAAUCAAUUCUGAGUAUCUUCUCAAGGGGAUAAAAAUGGUAGAAGCAAAUGUUCGUGGUCUGGUCUCUAGAAAAAAGUUGGUAGAGGAUAAAGCCGAGAAAGCCCUUUUAAUGCUUAAAGGCGUUUUGGACUACUCUGAAUUCAAAGAUGUGGAUAUGGUCAUUGAGGCUGUUAUUGAAAAUAUUCCACUGAAGCGGAAAAUAUUUGGUGAUAUCGAGAAGGCAUGCCCACCUCACUGUAUUUUGGCUUCAAAUACCUCUACUAUUGACCUCGAUAUAGUUGGAGAAAAGACCAAAUCACAAGACCGGAUAGUGGGUGCGCAUUUUUUCAGUCCUGCACACGUGAUGCCUCUCCUAGAGAUUAUACGGACAGAUAAGACUUCUCCUCAAGUAGUUCUUGAUCUAAUGGCUGUUGGGAAGAUCAUAAAGAAAGUUCCUGUUGUGGUUGGUAACUGCACUGGCUUUGCAGUCAAUCGUACUUUCUUUCCGUACUCUCAAAGUGCACAUCUUCUGGUUCACUUGGGAGUUGAUCUUUUCAGAAUCGAUCAACUUAUCAGAAACUUUGGCCUUCCAAUAGGCCCAUUCGAGCUUCAGGAUCUUGCAGGAUAUGGAGUAGCUGUGGCAACAACAAAAGAAUUUUCGUUAACAUUUCCGGAUCGAACCUUUGCUACUCCAUUGGUUGAGCUUCUCAUAGAGAAUGGGAGAAAUGGUAAAAAUAAUGGAAAAGGAUACUAUACCUAUGAGAAGGGAAGCAAGCCAAAACCUGAUCCGGCGGUGCUCCCAAUAAUAGAGGAAUCUAGGAGGCUAACGAAUAUUAUGCCUAAUGGGAAGCCUAUAUCUGUUACUGAUGAAGAAGUGGUCGAGAUGAUACUCUUCCCAGUGGUGAAUGAGGCAUGUCGGGUUUUAGAUGAUGGUGUCGUUGUCCGAGCAUCAGAUCUUGAUAUUGCCUCUGUACUUGGCAUGAGUUUCCCAUCUUAUCGUGGUGGUAUUAUUUUCUGGGCAGACACCAUUGGAGCCGAUCGCUUAUACAGAAGUCUCCAGAAGUGGUCUGAAGCAUAUGGCAAAUUCUUCAAACCAUCAAAGUAUUUGGAAGAAAGAGCAACCAGAGGCAUCCCGUUGAGUGCACCUGCUUCGACAGCUUCAGUAGCAAGGCCUCGACUGUAAUCCUGAAGCUCCAUGCCUUUUUCGAGGGCUAUGAGGAAUAAAGCAGCACUUAUUUUGCUAUCAAUAUUAAAGAGAUAUAAUAAUGUGUAGUGAUUUCAGUACAAAUAAUAAACACAAUAACUUCAAGUUUGUAUGAAGUUGAUUCAGGAAUGAGGAUACAUAUUAGACGAAAUUCGUGUGUAUUUUUCCAACAGCUUUGUGGAUUUCGUGAUACGUGUUCCAACACUGUAUUAUAUUUUACUUAAAUAAUUUAAGGAACUCGAUAUUUUCGAUUUUUAAACAU